AUGGAGAGUAAUGAUGAAUUCGAAAUUAGAUAGCUUAAGUUAGAGGAUUAUCAAGAGUAUUAAAAUCCCCUCAAGGGCUAAAUUGUCUACGCAGAAUAGACUGAUUUAGAAAAGUACAAGAAAUUCUUAGAAUAUAAUGAUUAAUCUGGAAAGCAAUUGAUCAUAGUAGGAAUAGAUAAAUAAGAAAAAAGGUUGAAAAUGAUUUAUGAUUGUUUUGCUGUUGCUAAAGAGUAUCAAGGCAGAGGAGUAGGAAUGAGAAUACUUAGAGCAGCACAGAGAAUAGCUUAUUUGAGGGAUGUCUCAGGCAUUGUUUUGCAGUGUUAUUCUGAUCUUUUUGAUUUCUAUAAAAAGAUUUAGGGCAUUAAUAUUGAUGAUGUAAACUAAUCUAUAAAGUCUUUUCUGGAAGAAAAAUAAACAACAAAUAUUAAAUUUGAGCUUUCCUUUUUAGAUAUAUAAGAGUCACAUAGCCCAGAGAUAGUAGAAUAUUUUAACCUUAACCAAGAAUAAUUAUUUGUUACAGCAUUAGAUAAAUAAUCCUAAUAGGCUAUUGCAAUAAUAAAGAUUAAAUUCUUUUAUAAUUUCCCUAGAAAAGAUUUAUUGUAUGCUUCAAUAAAAGAAAUAACGUAUACUGAACAGUAAAUAUCAAAUGAUCCUAUGGCUGUUCUAGAUGACGAUCUGCAUCAAAUAGCAAUUUAGAUAGCAUAAAUGAGGAAGUGUUAAUAUACUUAUAUGAUUGCCCAAAAAGAAAACAGAAAAUAUGAAAAGAAAUUGAUAGAUCAAACUUACCCUUGGCCAGUAAUAGCUGUCAUAAUUGAUGAAUAUCAUAAGGAGAAUCAAGCUGUAAUAGAUUUAGUCUAAUUAUCUGGCGCUAAAGCUAUUUAGCUUAAGGCAGAUUAAAUCACAAACGAUGAUUUGCUACAAAUAUUACCCUAAGUAAAUGGAAUAAUAAUUAGGCUAAACUAACAAUAAGAUAAUGAGUUACAUUGUAAAUUGGUACAAACAAUUUUAGAUUACUAAUAAUAGCUUACUUAAAGAUCAAAUUAUCAAUAGUUCCCUAUAAUUAUCAUGGAAAAUGAAAUGCACUUGUCUAAAAUAAUUUCUAGUUAAGAUUAGUAGGUUAAUAGCAUAUUUGAAGAUAGAGAUGGAAAAAAUAAUGUAAAAGAGGAUUAUAAUUAUUUAAAGAAAAAUUUUGAAGCUUUAUCUCUCUUCACCUGGUAAAAUAAUGAGGACUAAUUAUUCAAAAUAUAUCUCAAGUGGUAAAAGAUAUUAGAAAUUUACUAAAGGAUUGGAAAUAUUGAUAAUGAAAGUUGCAUUGAAUUUCAAAUAUUCAAAGAAAUAAGCAAAUGCAUCUACAAGGUUGCCAUUUUAAACAAAAACAGGGUUUCUGAAAGACAAAUUUUGACAAAAUAUUCUUUUAGUUGA